AUGCAAACUCUCCCUCUCUUCCUCUUUCUCUUGUUCUUCUGUGGAACUGCACAUGGGUUUGGUGCCAUGGGUCCAAUCACUGCGUCAUUAGGAGAGGAGGAGGUUUUCUGCGCCAUUGAUGCUAGUGGGAAGCAAGAGGUCAUUUGCUGGGGGAACAACGCCACAUCACCGUCUCUCUCCUCUGUUAUAAAUGCCGUUCCUGCCAUGUCAGCACUCUCCGGCGGGGAAGGCUUCAUCUGCGGCAUUUUAGCCAACACCUCGCAAGCGUUCUGCUGGGCCGCUGUCACAAAACCCAGCAUAGAUCUCAACCUCGUGCCGCCGGAGUAUCGGAACACCGCAUAUGCCCACAUCGCGGCCGGCAAGAGUCACGUGUGCGCCAUCAGGGGAUCCUACUACGCCGAUCGCGAUUCUGGUACCGUGGAUUGCUGGGAGAUAACGAGGACCGCAAACAAAACGUUGACAGCGAAACAGACUGAAUUGUUUCUUGACCUAUCCGUGAUGAAUCUGGAGAUGAAGAGGGUUGUUUCCGGGGAAGGGUUCACCUGUGGCGAGGUCAGAGACGGUGGACUUAUAUGUUGGGGACCAAACGCUGGAGGGAUAAGAGUUUCCAAUGUUUCCGAGAGUUUCGCGGUUUUGGCUGCGGGUCGGAGUGCCGUGUGCGGCGUUUUCAACUUUUCAGGCGAGUUGAAAUGCUGGGGCGACCCGGGUUCGUUUUCGGAUCCUCCGGUGGAUUCCGUUCGGCUGGUGUCUCUAUCCGCUGGGUCUAACCAUUUCUGUGGCGUUAGAAUGGAUAACCAUGAAGUGGAGUGUUGGGGUGAUUUGAAUUCUUCGGUUAUUCCUCGAGGGAGCGGUUUCAUGGCUAUUGCUUCUUCGGAUUUCACCACGUGCGGGAUCAGGGAAGAUGAUCUUCUUCUGGAUUGUUGGAUGGUGAAUGCUUCGAAACCCGAGUUUGAUCCUCCUUUGGAGCUUUCGAGUCCUGGACUAUGCAAGGCUAGUUCUUGUGGGGUUGGUGCGUUUGCCUUCAAUGCGAGUAUGCUUAACGAGCUAGCUUUGACAAGCCUUUGUGUUAGAGAGGAUUUGAGGAUUUGUUCGCCUUGUGGGUCAAAUUGUUCUAAAGGCUUCUUCUUGUCAAGUUCAUGUACUAAAAAUGCUGAUAGAGUUUGCACUGCUUGUUCUCUUUGUCAGAACAGCUCUUGUUUUGGUGUUUGUGGACUUCACUCCUCAACGGGGCUGCAUGUGCAUUGGCACUGGCAUCAUUUGCGUAAAUGGAUGGUUAUACUUGGGUGCUCCGUGUUGGGGGUUUUGACCAUUUUGCUUUGUGGGUGUCUUUUUUCUGUGAGAAAGAGAACAAAGAAACAAUCCAAGUCUUGCAUGGGGAAACCGGAGCAAGAGGAUGAUCAUGUCAAUGUUGCUCUCCAAUCAACACCUUCUGUUAAUUCUUGUCCCGGGGCGCCUCAGGUUUUCAGGCUCUCUGAACUGAAGGAUGCUACCAAUGGGUUUAAGGAGUUUAAUGAACUUGGGAGAGGAAGUUAUGGGUUUGUGUACAAAGCCUUGUUGGGUGAUGGGAGAGUGGUUGCUGUUAAAAGAGCAAAUGCUGCUACCAUAAUCCACACCAAUAAUCGUGAUUUUGAAAUGGAACUAGAAAUUCUUUGCAAAAUUCGCCAUUGUAAUAUUGUUAAUUUGUUAGGGUAUUGCGCGGAGAUGGGGGAGAGGUUGCUUGUUUACGAGUAUAUGCCUCAUGGAACGCUUUAUGAUCACCUCCAUGGUGGUCUUUCUCCGCUUAAUUGGAGCCUUAGGUUGAAGAUAGCGAUGCAAGCUGCUAAGGGGCUUGAGUAUCUUCACAAGGAACUUGUGCCUCCAAUUGUGCAUAAGGAUCUAAAAAGUUCCAACAUUCUUUUGGAUUCGGAGUGGGGGGCAAGGAUUUCUGACUUUGGACUCCUUGCUUCGAGUGACAAAGAUCUCAAUGGGGAUUUAGAAAGCGAUGUUUACAAUUUUGGGAUGGUGUUGCUGGAGAUUCUGAGUGGAAGAAAGGCUUAUGAUAGGGAGUACAAUCCACCCAACAUGGUUGAGUGGGCAGUGCCUUUGAUCAAACAAGGGAAGGCCGCUGCUACAAUUGAUAGGGACGCGGCUCUUCCAAGAAAUGUUGAGCCUUUGCUUAAGCUUGCUGACAUAGCCGAACUUGCUGUGAGAGAGAAUCCAAGUGAACGUCCACCUAUGUCAGAUAUAGCAUCUUGGUUGGAGCAAACUGUGAAGGACGGAUUGAUCUUAUAG